AUGAAACUCUUCUUCUGUUUCCCCAUCUGAGCUCAGAGUAGAUGAGAGAUGUAAUGUUUGUCUCUGUUGUGUUGAAGUCCAAUCAAGCAGGAGAGACCAGCCUCCCCUGUUCCCAGCUGUGUGUCCAUGAAGAGUGACUGGUCUAUGAAUCCUCCUUUAACCUUUAGAGAGGAAGAUUCAGAUGAUCCUGCUGUGAUUUGCCAACGUGAACUCAAAUCUAGUCUAAAGAAGAAGUUUCAAUGUGUAUUUGAGGGGAUCGCUAAACAAGGAAACCCAACACUUCUCAAUAAGAUCUACACAGAGCUCUACAUCACAGAGGGUGGAACAGGAGAGGUCAAUAAUGAACAUGAGCUGAGACAGAUUGAGACAACAACCAGGAAACAAGCAAGACCAGAGACUGCAAUCAAAUGUAACGACAUCUUCAAACCCUUAACUGGACAAGACAAACCUAUCAGAACUGUGCUGACAAAGGGAGUCGCUGGCAUUGGAAAAACAGUCUCUGUGCAGAAGUUCAUUCUGGACUGGGCUGAAGGAAAAGCAAAUCAGGAUGUCCAAUUUGUAUUUUCAUUCCCUUUUCGGGAGCUGAAUUUGAUGAAAGAGGACAAACACACUUUCAUUGAACUUCUCAAUCACUUCUCAAUGGAAACCAAACAAUCAAGAAUCUCCAACUACAACAAGUACAAAGUUCUGUUCAUCUUUGAUGGUCUGGAUGAGUGCCGACUGCCCCUAGACUUCCAGAAGAACAAGAUCUGUUGGGACGUCACAGAGUCAACCUCAGUGGAUGUUCUGCUGACAAAUCUCAUCAAGGGAAAUCUGCUUCCCUCUGCUCUCCUCUGGAUAACUACCCGACCUGCAGCAGCCAAUAAGAUCCCUUCAGGGUGUGUUGACCAGGUGACAGAGGUACGAGGGUUCAAUGACCCACAGAAGGAGGAGUACUUCAGGAAGAGAUUCAGUGAUGAGGACCUGGCCAGCAGAAUCAUCUCACACAUAAAGACAUCAAGGAGCCUCCACAUCAUGUGCCACAUUCCAGUCUUCUGUUGGAUUUCUGCAACAGUCCUUGAACACAUGCUGAAACAUAAGAGAGAAGAGAUGCCCAAGACUCUGACUGAGAUGUACACACACCUUGUGGUGUUUCAUACCAAACAGAAGAAUGAAAAGUAUCUUGGGAAAGAAGAGACAGGUUCACACUGGAAUAAAGAGAGCAUUCUGUCACUGGGAAAACUGGCUUUUCAACAGCUUGUGAAGGGCAAUCUGAUUUUCUAUGAAGAAGACCUGAAAGAGGCUGGCAUUGAUGUCAAUGAAGCCUCAGUGUACUCAGGAUUGUGCACACAGCUCUUUAAAGAGGAAUGUGGGCUGUACCAGGACAAGGUGUACUGCUUUGUUCAUCUGAGCAUUCAGGAGUUUCUGGCUGCUGUAUAUGUGUUCCUCGCAUUCAUCAACAACAAUGAGAAUCUAAUGAUCAAACUGAGAACAAACAACGAGCCUGAAGUUACUUUCUACAAGAGUGCUGUGGAUAAAGCCUUACAAAGUGAGACGGGAAACCUGGACCUUUUCCUCCGCUUCCUUCUGGGCCUCUCACUGGAGUCCAAUCAGAAGCACUUACGAGGUCUACUGACAAAGACAAGAAGCAGCUCACAGAGCCAUGAAGAAACAGUCAAGUACAUCAAGGAGAAGAUCAGGGAGGAUCCCUCUCCAGAGAGGAGCAUCAAUCUGUUCCACUGUCUGAAUGAACUGAAUGACCAUUCUCUAGUGGAGGAGAUCCAAAGCUACCUGAGAUCAGGAAGUCUCUCAGAACCCAACCUGUCACCUGCACAGUGGUCAGCUCUGGUCUUUGUGUUGCUGACAUCAGAAAAGGAGCUGGAUGUGUUUGACCUGAAGAAAUACUCCAGAUCAGAGGAAGGUCUUCUGAGGCUGCUGCCAGUGGUCAAAGCCUCCAGAGCUGUUCUGCUGUCAGGCUGUGGAGUCACAGAGGAAGGCUGUGCUUCUCUGGUCUCAGCUCUGGAGUCAAACCCCUCACACCUGAGAGAGCUGGACCUGAGUAACAAUGACCUGAAGGAUUCAGGAGUGAAGCUGCUCUCUGCUGGACUGGGGAAUCCCCACUGUAAACUGGAGACUCUGAGGUCAGUAUUCCUGUAGUUGGUCAACAAGUGAUAACUGUUCACCAGAUCCACAUGUGUUUACCAGACACACAUAGUCCACACCAUAUGUGUUUGGAAGCUAACCGUUUUAAAAUCAGUGGUAUUCUCUAGUGUUUUGGAUCCAAGAUGGCGUUAGCAGUCAGAUGUCUUUGUCCUUCGUCUUGUCGUGUUCCAU